AUGUCGUCGUGGGCGCAGCACUCGCGGCGGGGCUGGAGGCACGGCUGGGCGGCGCGGGCGCUGUCAUCGGCGACGCUGCCGCCGUGGCGCCUGCUGGCCUUCUUCGCCAUCGUGGUCUCCUUCCUGGCCACCUCCUCCUACGUCGACUACCGGGCCGUCGAGCGCCGCGCCGAGAUCGGCGCGCGGGUCUUCGCCGCGCCGCUCGCCGCCAUGGCCGCCUUCCUCCUCUUCGCCGCGCUCGGGUACUGGCGCCGCCGCACCCGCUGGGCGCUCCGACGCCACGCCGUGAACGCCCAGCCGGCCGCGGCCUCGUCGCAGUCGUCGGGGGCGUCACCGUGGGGCGUGGCGGCGAUGGUGGCGGUGCUGCUGGUGAUGGUGACUCUCCAGCCCUGCGUCCACUCCAUGUGGUUCAGGCCGCUCUGGAGUUCAGACUACAGCUAG